UCUGAAAACAGUUUUAUCCUCAAUUGGAAGUAAAUAAUUGAAAUUGGGACACGUGUGCGGAACUGUUCAAUUUUCUGUUAUAAAAUUUUUGUUAUUUUUUUAAAAGAGAUAAUAAUUUUGUCAAAAAUUUGUUAUUAAUUAAUAACUCUUUGUUCUUGAAUAGAUAUCUAUAACGGUGCUGUUAACUUUAUAAACAUUUUAAAAAAUACAAAAGUUAUGAAUUUCGUGCCUCCUCCAUUUUCUCACUUGGCAGUUUCAGGAGCAAUGCCGCUUGGAUUUGCUCCUUCCCCUUUAACAGCCGCCUCGGGCAUCGGGACAAGGACGCCGUUUGCCAUUGAAGAACUGCUUCGGCUGAGCCAGAAAAGCGUCCAGAAGAACGAAAAACAAUUCAGUGAUCGCCCACUACCGAUCUCGGCCUACUUUUCACCUUUCUUCGCUUCCUCGUUCGUGAACGGACCCAAAGAUUCCCCGAACAUUCUGUCUUACGCCAACUGGCGGCCGCACCUUCUGAUUCCAGGCGCUUUAGAAGAGGCUGGCAUCGUGGACUCGUGCCUGGGGAGGGAAUCACCUUCCACGAAGGAACCGGAGAAGCAAGGAGCACCACUGACCCUCGCGAACAACACCCAGUGUAACAAGAUCGACUCCCAGGAACUCGAGUCGAGGAAAAAGAAAAAGAAACGACGACACAGGACUAUUUUCUCGAGCUACCAGCUAGAAGAACUUGAAAAGGCUUUCAAGGACGCUCACUACCCGGAUGUAUAUGCAAGGGAAGUCUUGGCGAUGAAAACAGAUUUGCCUGAAGACAGAAUACAGGUUUGGUUUCAAAACCGCAGAGCGAAAUGGCGUAAAACAGAAAAAACUUGGGGACGUAGCAGCAUCAUGGCGGAAUACGGGCUGUACGGAGCUAUGGUGCGCCAUUCACUUCCGCUUCCGGAAACCAUCGCCAAAGCUGCGAACGGCGGGGUUCCGGAGUCGUGCGCACCCUGGUUGCUGAGUAUGCAUAAGAAGUCGAGCGAAGCGUCUCACUCUCUACAAGACAGCUUCGCCCACGACGACAGCCACGACGACAGCGGCGACGACAUCAGCAGUACGAAGGAGACGCCGCAGUCGAAGGAUAUGCGCAUUGAAAGUAUCGCCACGUUGAGGGCGAAGGCGCUGGAACACAGCAACAAACUACUGGAGACGUUCACGUGUAACAGAGACAAGGUCAACGUUAAAUGUGAAAGUCAGGAUGUGCCACGCAACACGUUAAAAGUGAACUUUGAGGCCUCCCAUGCUUCAUGACGUCACUUGUAACAGAGACAAGGACAACGUUAUAUGUGAAAGUCAGGAUGUGCUACGCAACAAUUUAAAGGCGGACUUUGAGGCCUCCCAUGCUUCAUGUCGUCACUUGUAACAGAGACAAGGACAACGUUAUAUGUGAAAGUCAGGACGUACUACGCAACAAUUUAAAGGCGGACUUUGAGGCCUUCCAUGCUUCAUGACGUCACUUGUAAGAGAGACAUGAUCAAUGUUAAAUGUGAAAGCCAGGAUAUACCACACAGCAAGUUGAAAGUAGACUUUGAGGCCUCCCAUGCUCCAUGACAGAAAGUGUUGAUGAGUUUUUGACAAUUUUAUUAGACGAAAUUGUUCUAGAUUAUUGACUGGAAUCAAUUUUCAUAUAUUGAAAUAAUUCCUGUAUGCUGAUAGAAAAUCAGGGUUCCACAAAUCCACAAGCCCUGUGUUCCGACUGGUGAAUUUAAUGUCUGGGCUGGUGGAAAUUAUCAACUGCAUUACUAUAAUACAUUGUGCACUAGCCAAAGCUUCUGUGAGGGCUAGUGACUUUGUUCAAACAUUGUUCGACAAAUCCUCUAACCCUCGGUCCCGGCUUGUGAAUUUUUGGUCUGAGCUAGAGAAAAUUAUUAACUGUAUUUCUAUAAUACACAGGGCACUAACCACAGCUUCUGCAAGGGCUAGUCACUUCGUCAAACAUUGACCGAACACUGUAGUAAACGUAAUUCCAAGUUUGUACUUCAAGUUGGCUCUUCUUGUUAUGUGAAAUUAAAUCUUACUUGCUAUAUGGCUGGAAUAGAUUUUUGUUAUGUGAAACUGAUUUUACGUGCGAGACAGGAAGCUAAUUUUGAGAAUACCUCUCACUUAGUGACUGAAUACUAUUUUAAACGUGAAACUAGUUUUGAACGUGAAACCAUUCCACAUAUCAUGGCAAUCUUGUAUUUUAAAACUUGUUAUUAAACAAAUAUGACCUGUCCUGGGCGGAGGAGCCGGCAUGGGUCGACACCUGCGCCCAUAACAGGCGUGCGCCACAGCAACUUGCUGUGAAUGUGCACGUUAAGCCCUAUGACCUGAUCUGACCGUAACACAAUAUUAAUAUUAACGCAUUAUUAAUAUGCUUGUUAGAGAAUCUGAAUUUGAGAAUCUUUCAUAUAUAGUUGACAUAUUAGAGAUUUCUCUAGCCUGCUGGUUUUAAUUUGUGAUGUUUUGUUGUUUUCUUUUCUCGAUAUUUAAAUUCAUACCUCAAAUUUGCAAAGAUACUUCGCACGACUAAACUUAAAUUUUAUCAAUGUGAAAACGAAUGAUUGUUUUCAAUGUUUAAAUGUUUGUGUUAUUGAAUACGAUUGCGAUCUCGGUGUAAACUUCAAAUAUAUUGUAUAAUGUUAUGUUGUCGUUUUAAAUACAUGUAUUAAAAAGAUACUUAUACGUUAAGAGUAUGAAAACAUACUCCAGUUUGAAUUAUUUAUAUACUAAAAUGGGUAUCUUUUGACCUUCUACAUGUAUAUUUUAAUAUAUUUCAUUUAUGGAAGUACAUUUUACUUAUUUUCUA